AUGCGUGGUUAUGUUGCCAAUAGCGCCGGUAUUCGCUAUGGCGCUGGUUUAAUGCAAAAAAGACAUAUUAUGGGAUUUGUGAGAAAUGCGCUUGGACUAGAUCCACCACCUUCUCCAGAUGAUCCCACGCCGGAAAACAGAUUUCAUCCAUGGGAUCAAUCGCCUUCUCCCGAUCUAAGAGAAAGAGCAGCCACCAUACGAGCAUUGGCCAAAUGUCCAGUCACUGGACAAGAAAUCAACUAUACAUGUCCAAUCUCAGGUAUCCCCACUCAUCACUCCCGCGAGGCUUGGGAGAAAGACAUAGAGUAUCAGCAAUCGAAGAGACCGGAAAUUCUGAAGAAAGUCAACAUUUACGAGCAUGAUCUGAGGUCCGGCAGGCCGUUCCCAGAAUUCGAUUUCCCACUAGACCAGGAUUUUGACCGUAUGGUCAACUUGACAAACUGGGAUCUUUUCUUCUACACGCGUGGCUUCUACUCCAUGGACACAGAAUUCCAACUUGCUGCUUCCACGAAAAUGCUUAGCUAUCCAAUCACAAUAGGAUCUGUUCUGCAUCAAUUCUCGCCAUAUUCCUUGAACCCCAAAGGUCCUAUCACCUUGGAAGGUCUCAAAUCGCUGGCAGCACUACGCUACACCUUAUAUCCCGAACAAAACCGCCGCAUCGUUUCUACGACAAAGGACAGCCCUCUUCGAAUCUUCAUUCUCGGGGCUAGAGCAGAAGCACAGCUGCCAGGGCACGUUUGGAAACAAUUGCAGUUUAUGUUUCCCGAGACGCAGAUGGAGUUGCAUUUUGUCGGCCCAGAGUCUCACUUUGAUAGAAACAAGCGAGACUACGUGCAUUCGUCUACGCCUAUCGUGCGCAGAGUUGACGAAACUUUGAGCUUCAUCUAUCACACAGACUAUUUCCACGUUUUCCAUGAAGCGCAAGAUUUCUUCCCCUACGAUCCAUACACCGACAUUUUCUUCUGCUUCCAUCCAGGAUUCGCUGCCCCAGAGUCUCGCGAAAAUUGGAUGGGCAAAACCAUGGAAGCUUUGCUGGAGACCAAAUGUGCAAUUUUCACCACGGGUUUCAACGAGGCUGAUUUAAAGAGGGACAUGGCUGCUGUUGUGGAUACCUACGGCAAAGAACUAGACAUGUUGAUGGAACUUUCUCACAACGUUUUUGGCAGUACCAAGUGGGAGCUCAACGACGUAAACCCUCAACAAGUGUAUCAAUUUAACAUGUACAUGGCCGGGUUCAGAGGUAAACGUUACCAUGCCAUUGAAGUAUGA